GAGGCAGCGGAGGCCCGACGGGAAGAAAACAAUGGCAGCGGAAGGGCACCUACCACAAUGGCUCCCCGUAAAAACGUACCCGAGGUCCACAUCUUCAGCACCAGAGGCGGAGAUGUGGUGGUUCGGCCUGAUGUGAACUGCUACCUGCUCCUCCCCAGCUUGCCAACCUCGCCCUGUGCUGAGUUGUGGCCUCUGCAUCCUUCUCUGCGUGGUGGUGAACACUAUUUCAGCUCCCGUUGGCACAACUCUGUCUACGUCAUCAGGGACAACACGUUUCUGGAGGCCCAGGAUCUGAGUACCAGUGCAGAUGUCAAGCGGCUGCACCCUAGCUGCUGUGGUGGGCACCAUUACUUCAUUGUGGGUGGCUGCUUUGUUAUAAUUCUGAGCCCAGGCACUAUGACGGCGGUGACGGACUUGACCACAGGUGAGCCAGACACAAGCCUGGAUCUAGGACACCAUCAGUGGUGCAAAGAGAAAAUGGAAAGCAGGCAAAGUUAUCUCUACUGGCAGCUGUGGGAUAACUUCACUGAAAGUUUCUUCACGUUUAAUCCCAAUAUUCUCAACUUCCUACCAGAGGGACUUAGCCUCACCAAAGGUACCGCGUUCGGAGCAUGGGAGCUUCUGAACACCUUCCACAAUUACUCCGAAAUGCCUGUCAGCAGCACACACAGAGUAUUCCAGAAGGUGGGCUGUGCCAAGGAGAAGCUGGCUGAUGUUGGGAUUGGUUGGACGGCCUCUCUGCCAGAUUCACUUGAGCUAAGCUCCAUCGCCGUGGCGCUAACCAAGGCCCAGUUUGCAUUGCCAACUGAAUAUGGAGGAAUGGGAGUCAACACAGAGCAGGAGGAAUGGGAAGACAUCUACGAAGAAGAGAAGAUCCUGGAACUCUUGCUACAGCCCAAUGACAUAGCCUAUGUGUGGCAGUAUCAGCUAGGCCUAGGCAAAAACGCCAUCUUGUUUUGCAGGGAAGUUAAGGUCACUCACAGUUCUGACCUGCCUUUGGAGAUCCCUCUGCCGUCUUCAUGCUAAGCAUCAACCUACUCUGCCUCCACCUCCCUGUUGCUUUGCCCUUACUCUUGGUGGACCGUCAGUGCUGAAAGAUUCCUUAAGGAACCUGUGUGGAAGUUUGCAUUUUUGUGGCUGUGUUCAGAAUUGCUGAAUAAAAUACUUGACAACA